AUGGCAGCUUUACAAGAAAAAAAGACCUGCAGUCAACGGAUGGAAGAAUUCCGCCACUACUGCUGGAAUCCGGACACAGGGCAGAUGUUGGGAAGGACCUUGUCUAAGUGGGUGUGGAUUAGUCUCUACUAUGUGGCUUUCUAUGUGGUGAUGAGUGGGCUGUUUGCCCUUGCCAUCUACUCUUUAAUGCAGACAAUAGAUCCAUACACACCAGACUACCAAGAUCAAUUAAAGUCACCAGGGGUGACAUUAAGGCCAGAUGUUUAUGGUGAAAGAGGUCUACAAAUCUUCUACAAUGUUUCUGAUAACACUUCCUGGAAAGAUCUUACCCAGACACUUCAUAUGUUUUUGUCAGCUUACUCUCCAGAGGCACAAGAGGAAAAUAUAAACUGCUCGUCCGGGCAGUACUUCAUUCAGAAAGAAUUUCAUGCUCCAAAUCACACCAAGUUUUCCUGCAAGUUCACAGCAGAUAUGCUUCAUAACUGCUCAGGCCUGACAGAUCCUAAUUUUGGAUUUGAGGAAGGAAAACCAUGUUUCAUCAUUAAAAUGAAUAGGAUAGUCAAUUUUCUCCCUAGCAACAACAACACCGUUCCCAGGGUGGACUGCACAUUCCUAGAAAAGGACCACAAAGACUUCAAACCUCUAGAAGUGGACUACUACCCAUCCAAUGGUACUUUUAGUCUACACUACUUCCCUUAUUAUGGGAAAAAAGCACAGCCCCACUAUAGCAAUCCACUAGUAGCGGCCAAAUUCCUCAACAUUCCCAAGAACAAAGAAGUUAUCAUAGUGUGUAAAAUCAUUGCAGAGAAUGUAAGUUUUGACAAUCCUCAUGAUCCAUAUGAAGGCAAAGUGGAGUUCAAACUUAAAAUCCAGAAGUGA